UUGCCUCUCGUUGCUGAUGACAAUGGAGGCGAAGACAGUGGCAGCUAUGAACGUGACAAACGCAUCGUCCGUGGUAGUGUCGACACUGAAGCCGUUUACAACGACGGAAGUAGUUUAUCAGCGAUUCGCCAUCGAGCCGAUGGAUCAAACCGCGGUGAUUGGCAGCCGGGUGACGCUUCCAUGCCGAGUUCUCGAUCAAAAGGGGCCCAUUCAAUGGACCAAGGACGACUUUGGCCUAGGAGCUGUUAGGAAUCUCACCGGAUACGAGCGAUACGCCAUGAUCGGUAGCGAUGAAGAAGGUGAUUUUUCGCUGCACAUAUAUCCGGUGGAACUCGAGGACGACGGCACGUAUCAAUGUCAGGCUUCGCCGACAAACGACGGACAGCCGGCUUUACGAUCGAGAUUUGCCAAGCUGAGCGUGCUAGUACCACCGCAAAAGCCGAAGAUCUUACAGGGUGACUUCCUCGUCACCACCGAAGAUCGCGAGCUGGUGAUCGAAUGUAUAAGCAGCGCCGGAAAACCACCGGCGGAGAUCACGUGGAUCGAUGGACUGGGCAACGUGCUACGCCAUGGCAUCAAAACCACGAAGGAGGCGUACGAUAACGGUCCGCUGAUUACUGUAAAGUCCGUCCUGAGAGUGAUGCCGCGAAAGGAUCACGACAACACGACUUUCACGUGCCAAAGUCAAAAUAUGGCGGAUCGUUCGCCGCAAAGCGCCAAACUUCGCGUCGAGGUACGUUACGCACCAAAGGUGUCCCUCUCGAAGAUUGAUCGCAUCGUCGAAGGUUCCGAGCUUAGGUUCAAGUGUUGCGCCGAGGCCAACCCACCUGAUGUAGAAUACAGGUGGUUUAUCAACAAGAAAAAGGUGAUCGGGGACUACACCACGGAGAUGAUUAUUCACAAUGCUACCCGUGAGCUGCACGACGCGACCGUAAAGUGCGAGGUUUCGAAUGAAGUCGGUAAAAGCGAGGAGAGCCAAACCAUGGAUAUAAGAUACGGCCCGCAGUUUCGGCACCCGCCGCUUUCCGUGGAAACACAUUACGGCGCCACGGAGAUCCUGCAGUGCGACGUAGACGGGAAUCCAAUGCCCGAGAUCGAGUGGUACCACGAGGAUUCGGACCGAAUGGUCGCCAACAGUCCGAACAUAAGCGUCGUUGUGAGCUCCGACACUGCCGGCCGUUACUACUGCAAAGCCCGUGUGCGCGGCUUUCCGGAAUUAACUGGCCAUGCCAACAUCUACAUUCGCGCGCCGCCCAGCAUAGUGUCGCAAAGGAUCCAAUAUGUGCCUGACGAAGGAGUGGUCAAGGUUAAGUGCACCGCGAUAUCCGUGCCAAAAGCGGAAUCGGUGGUGUGGAGCUUCGCCGGUCGCGAGCUCAAUUUCACGUCGAACAAUACGCCGUUCUACGUGCAAGAGGAAUACGCGGCCGAGAGGGUAGUCAGCACUGUCACCCUACUGGAUCCCAUAUCGACGUACUUUGGGGAUUACAACUGCACGGUUACGAACAGCUUCGGCACGGAUUCUGUCAUCAUCAAACUGACAGCACACACGUUGAUUCCAGUCGAUUGGCAACUGAUCUUGAUCAUCGCCGGGCUGGUUGUCUGCGUGAUCCUAAUUGGCAUAAUAGUCAUACUCAUUCUACAAUGUCGCGAUCGUAUUAAGCAGCCACGACCGCGUACGGCGCAGAAUCAAGAGACCGAUUUGCAGGAAACGGAUUCUAAUGCCGAUCGAUACAGAGAAAGCGAUAGGAGCAGCAACCUCUCGGAUGUCAAAGCGGACAUCAGAGCGGGAUCCAGUGUCAGCAACGCGGAAAGUGUCACAGCCCUUGACAGUGAAGGCGAAGGAAGUACCAGAGGAGUAAACGCCUUGGCGCUUGCUGGACCAGUGCCGAAUCCAUUAUCCGGUUAUCGUUACAGCGCUGAUUAUACUGAGCCUUCCUUCCCGCCGAAGAACAACGAUGGCAGUAACAACAACGGUUACGUGCCAUACGUUGACUACACUCGCGAUUAUAUGCCACCAACGACACAGAGCAUGGGCGCUUCGCGAGAGUCCUUGAGCAGGAUAUCCACGAGUGGUAUCUUAUCAUCGAAAAAAAUCGGACUUAGCUCGGCCAACCUGGGUAGCUCGACUCCACAGACAACGCCGAUCGAUCCGCGAUUUUCCGCGACAUAUGGCAAUCCCUAUCUCAGAAUGUCAGCGGCCGAGCAGCUCCGACACGCGCCGCACACAGCCGUGCCGGGAGUCACGCCGGCACCACCGCCGUACACGCAGGCAAUGAGAAUGAAUAGCUUGAAUACCUUGAACGGCGCUGGCCCUCAGGCUCCAUUGUCAGCGCAUUAUAUCACCGGCGGUCCAAACGGGGCCAUGGCGACGGUGAAGCGCACAUCCGCGGUGGGCACGUUAGCGACGCACACGUCCCGCUACUCGCUCGGUCCGCGCCCGGCGACGUUGAGAUCGACGACGCGCGACGCACGACGUCUCGUUGAUGCAUCGGAACAGAGUCAAUGUCGUUACAACCAGACCCGUCACGCUCACGACACGGAACGUUAUAGAGCGGAAUGCGAGCGACUUGUAGGACGAAGGUCGCAGGGCAGCUGGGGCAGCAGGGGUCACGGCGGGGUCACGGACCGAGCACAACGAAUGGCCGAGAAUGGCGAGGCGCUCAAACAUAUCGAACUGGUGCUUCGGCAGUUGCAAAGGGCCAGCAGAGAUCAUCAACAACUCGUGCGGCAACGUCAUUCGGACGUACAGUACGAGAUCGGUAAGCGAAUCAACGAGAGAAUCUGGCAUCAUCGUUAUCAUCAUCACUAUCGAGAUGGACGCGAGAGUUCGAUCGACGCAUCUAGAACUUGGUCCAGGUCCUCGAGCAGCCCGUGGGAAUCGGACGUAACUUUAAGGAAAACGCAACCGAACGUUACAACGAGAUUGCUAACGAAGAGUCGAGAUUAUGGAGGAACGGCGCAAAGCACGAUCAACAUUCUGAAGCCGGUCUCCGGACGCGUUCGGGAUGAAACUGCGGACACUUAUCAAGAAAUGAAAUACGUUUCCGAAAGUGUCGGCUGGAUAGACGCGCGGGAAACGCUUGGUGCGUGGAGUCUGCCUGGUGGAACUUCAUCGAGCAACGACCGAAGGACAUCCUCCACCGUCGUUUAACGCGGACAGGAUCGGCUUUGUGCCGAGAUUCGUCGAUCUCGGCGCAAGAGGGUUGCGGAGGAACGUGGGACACUCGAGAGAAUCGAGAUGAACCGGAGACUCUCUCUCGGGAAGGAGGGAAGGUGUUGACGUGAGAACGACUCGUGAAUGCGACUCGUUCGUGUUAAUGAUACGCUUACGAUAGGAACUGCACUUCAAUCGAAAUCAAACUAUCUCGCUGCGCGAUGAUGAACGACGCAACGCAUGCUGAAGAGACGGCCGGUGCGAAAGGGACGCCGAUAUCGAAGGGAACUCUCCUUUUGGGUCAAUAAGAUUAGAUUUAGGACGACGAAGAGCGCCGUGAGUAGUGCUCGGAGGAUGUUCGUGAGUACGAGAAGAGAGAGAGAGAGGAGGGAGGGACGAUGUUGGUUGGGUUCGUGGAUCGAAGGUACUCUCUUCGGUCGGUGGCGAAAACAGACCACUCGGUAUCGACAAUCUUCUAUUGACGUACUUUAGAUCUUCUAUAUAAUAAGCGUUUAAUAAGACUCGCUCGAGCGGAAAAGCGAUGGGAGACGGAAGGUCCGAACGAAUCACGUCGCGAAUUGUUGCUGUCGCGGUGGUAGCCGAAUACCGGGGAACACGUCGCUCGUGACCGACGACACGGUUAUUUUCACGAAACCUCGAGGGUUCUCUCCUCGAGGUUGAAAGCUUUAUCGUUGAAGCCGCUUUCCCGGUGAUUCGUAAGCCGGAGCUGGGUUUACGCUUGACAUUUACAGCGCGCCAAUUCUAUCUGACACUGCCCUUAUUAGCGAGGCCGUAACAACGAGAGUAGUUAUUACUUUUUCGCAGCUAGCAUUUUAAAAAAUC